AUGGCAGAAUCAUCAGAGACUUCUGGACCUUCUGGGUUAAACGAAGUGAGGGCUACUCUUCUAAAAGUAGCCGAGCAAAUUUCUUCAAUAAACUCGUCGAAUUCAUCUUCACCGACAAUGAGCCCAUCUAAUUCUUCAUCAGGUAAGUGUAGCUUUAAAAAAUAGCUUUGUCAAAUCCAGACGAUAUAUAAUAAUAUGCAAAAAUAUUUAGUAUCAUUUUAUUAUUAUUAAAAAUAAAUUUGACUAUACUUACAUAAAUUGAAAUACAUUUACAGUAAAGCAAAUUAUAGUCUUAAAUCGAGAUUUUAAAUGCUUUUUACUAUAUUCUACUAGGAGCAACAUUGAGAACAAACAGCAGUUCUUCCCGUACUACCAUGCCUACUACAUCACAGCAGCAACACAAUAGCAGCGCCAUAUUGCAGGCCAUACAACCCAACAGCUCAACCAUGUCAUCUGCAAUUAGUGAGCAUAGACGGCUUUUUAAUUUCAAUAAAAGUCGUUGUUCAACUAAGGGCAAAGCAGCAUCAAAAAAGAAGGAAAAGCAACCCACAUGCAAGUUAAAGUUUGUUUGUCUUGCUGCAACAACAGCCACAGCUCCUCCUUCCAAUGUGAAAGACAAGACAGAUCUAUGUGUGCCAGCCCCACGGCUGUUUAGACUGGUUGUGGGGCCUCGAGUUUCAACGCGUUUCAAAUAAUUCUUAAUUUAUUUUCAAUCAAUAACGAACGGUGCUAAAUACAAACACAAAUAUACAGGAAUUACACGGAUAAAUACGAAUUACUGAAUACUGGACAGAAACAGAUAUAAAUACUGGCAAUCUACUUACAAAUAUCUAUGACAGGACACUGGUAUCUGGCGAAAAACGUAGGAACAAGUCAGCAACACAACAAAGCGCCCCAAAGUUCGAUAUCGCUAAGCUACUUCAAUCUAAAAAUGGCGCGAAAAACCCGGAAGUCCGUCAGCCGGAAGUCGCGGCUGCUACACUAUGUAAUGCAGGCUUGGGAGACUGCACAUUACUGUUAGACUUAAAUGAGAGCAGUGUUUAUUUGUAUGAGGAAAUUUUGAAAAAAUUCCCCCAGCUUGCUCACACAGGAGGAUAUGAACUCUCACUUUAUCAAAGAGGGGGUGGUGUCAAUGGGGGCUUUCAUGCAAUUAAACCUCCACUGACAACAAUACGUUUGAAGGAUAUCUGUGCUCUAGCCAAAAUUUAUAUACGACCACUUCAAACAGACAUUCCACUUCUUGACGAGGAAACCCAAGAAGAGAACAAUGAGGUGAGAUAUCUGAAACAGGGGUGGAUUUAUAGGGGGGAGGUGCACAGGGGUGCACCUGUUGGCCUUGGUCAACAUGGGUGCAAGGGAGGUGCAAAAUUUGGUUUUCCUUUUUUGAAGUCAAACCGAAGCUCAUAAUUCAAUGGCCAUGUUGCAGGAACUGACAUUUCUAGGGUUCUAAUUUUCAAUUUUUUUGGGGAGCAUACCCCUGAACCCCCUAGGGAGCUUGCACCUUCUGUGUGUGAGUCAUUAGAUAGCCAAUUCAUUUGAAUGCUUUCCCACCACCCCCUAAAGAAUUAUAAAGAAACUCAUGUUUGCUCACCCAGCACCCCCAUAGAAGAACCUUGCUGGAUCUACCCUUGUAUCUGAAUAACAAAUGUAAUGAUUGACUGAGUCUGUAUGAGGGCUCAAAUUAGAAAAAAAAUAUGGCCUGCCAGUCUAAAAAAAUUUUUGGCAGGUGAAAAAAAAAUUUAGCCUGCCAUUUUUAUUCACUCAACUGCCCAAAUGGUGAUGUUUCAUAUUGAGUCAUAUUCUAAAAACCAAUGUUUUAAUGAUAUGCAUUUUUAUCAUUUUUAAACUUGUCUAUUUUACUACAGUAAACUUGGAUUUACAUUUCAAAUAUAACAUAUUUUAAUAGUCAACUAAAUGAUCUCGUAUAUAUGCAUGAGUUAUAGUAUGCAAACAAAAUGAAAUAUAUCUGUAGAAUUUCACCUGCCAUUUUUUUUUUACUUGGCAGUUCAGAUUUGUUUUUGCCUGCCAUUUCUAAAAUAUGGCUUUGCUUUUGGCCAUAUAUUGGCAAUUAACCUGCUAUUUUGAGCCCAAGUAAAUCACCAACCCUUCUCCGAUCAAGUUCAGUGUAAUAAAAAAGUUUAGUUUUAUAUAUAUAUAUAUAUAUAUAUAUAUAUAUAUAUAUAUAUAUAUAUAUAUAUAUAUAUAUAUAUAUAUAUAUAUAUAUAUAUAUAUAUAUAUAUAUAUAUAUAUAUAUAUAUAUAUAUAUAUAUAUAUAAAUAAUAUAUAUAAAUGCCAAUAUAUAUAAUAUUAUAUGGCAAUAUAUAGUAUUAUACUGUAUGUAAUUUAAUUUAAUUUAAAAUGAACAUGCGUCCACAUGCCUGCAGGCACAGAUUUUCUGGGGGGGGGGAGAGAUGCACACCCCCCAGAAAUUAUUUGCACCCCCAGAAAUUAUUUGCACCCCCCAGAGGCAUUUGGCACUGCCUCCAAAAGUUUUUGCACCCCCGCAAAUUCUAUAUAUUUUGAUUUGAUAGUUUCAUAUUUGAUUAUUCUUACUACUAAAUUUGUAAAAUUACCAAUAUUAUGGUCUCAUAUCUUGCCAUGCAGGCCUAGAAAACAAAUUUUGUUAAACUUUUUCCUUGGCCUUUCCGGGUGUUGCCACCAGGCCCUGGCCAAAGCAAGCAGCAGCACCCCCCCCCCCUCCCCCCAGAUAUUUAUCCAUCCCCACCCUCGAAUGAAAAUAUGAAAAUCCGUCUCUGCAUGCCUGUGGAGAUAAACUAUAGGCUUAUUAAAGUUCAACCUCUUGGAAAGAAAAUUAGUGUUUUUAUUUUGUUAAUUAAUGAAUAGUUUUAUAAUUUGAACAGGUAGAUUUUGAUGAGCCAGUGGUAACAUGCUUCAUUUGUGGUAUGGUGAUUGGAAUGUGCAAAUUAAAAGAUCACCAGAAAAGCCAUACUAGUGAGUCACCUCCAAGACAAAAGGUACAAUAUGUCAUUGUGCAUGUGUGUUUUGGGAAUGUGUAUUUGGGUUUUCCAUUCUUAAUUAAUUACUUUACAUUCUGCAUUUUCUAGAGAAAGAGGCAUGAUCUUGUAAACCCCUUUCUCAGGUACAGGUAAUUUGUGUAUUUGACUAUUGGUACACCUGGAACCAAUAUUUUAUAUUGAGUGGAACUUAUAUUACUAAUCAUAAAACUAUCCCUAGAAUCCUAAUGGAAGGUGGCAUUCUGGGACAAGCAGACAAGUGAACUUGCAUGCAUUUACCUCAAUGCUUUUUAGUUGCCAUCCAUUUUCGUAUGCAUGGGGUAAUUAUAUACAUUUUGGUUUGCCAUGCUCAAGACAACCAUUUCAGUCAUAAUAAGCUUGUUACCAUCAUAUCAAGAUAAUCAAAAUGAAUAGAGGGAGAGUUGCUACUUUCCACAAAUGAAUUACUUGUAGACUAUUAAAUGUCAGAGCUAUAUAUAUAGCAGCUGUGAAGAAAUAAUGAAUAAGAUUUUUUACUUCAGAUAAUGGUGCUGGCUGCUGCUUUUCCAAAAUUGGUAGCUGUUUAUACCAUAACAAAAUGUUAUUCUAACCAUAUUACGUUUUCCCAUUUUAUACAGUGAUUCUGAGACUGAAAAUGAUAGAGUGGGAGAUGAGAAUCUUAAAACUGACAACAGUGAAUCGGAUACUAAAAAUGAUGUGGAAAAAAUUCUAAAUGAUGUUUGUCCUGAUGCAAGUACGUCAGAAAUAAAAGUUGCUUUACAAGAAUGCAAUGAGGAUGUCAACGCAGCUGCCCAACAACUUUUAGGUAUGACAGAUUAGAGUAUUUACUGUAUAAAUUAACGUGAAAUCGAAAUGUUCAGCUGCAUUAGUUUGUGUCAAACUAAAGAAUUUUAAGGAUCUAGUCAUUGGUAUAGAAUGCAUGAUACUAUAUGCUAAUGAUGUUAAUGAACCACAGUGAUAUCACACUGUAAUCUUCCUGCAUCAUGAGGUGGAUAGGUUGCACUGCAAAUAUUUAAGGAUCCUGUGAGAACAUGAAAAAUUGUCUGGCUCAAAAUGGAGUUGAAUAACCAUAUUAUAAGUUACUUACAUGUUGCUUUGUCUGACUAUGUCUUAGCCAAUCCACAUAUGAAAUUUAUAAGUGUCAAUUAAUGCAGUGCGUGAUUUGUUCAAAGAUUCUAACUACAAAAUAAAGACAGAUAGCUGCCGUUCUGCAUGGCAAAUUUGCCCUUUUCAAUUUUCAUCAGUUCUGGAUAGAAUCAAUUUCCAGUGAACCCUUGGAGGUUGAGAAUGCUAUGAGACACGUAAGUUGCAGUAAUCACGGACUACAGUAUUGUCAAGACAAUGAGCAUUCCAUCAGAAGUUUUAAAUGAUGACUAAAAUAGUAGUGAAAACGUAUGAUUAUAAAUUUGAUUUAAAUAUAUAAGUUUUUCUCAGUUUCCAUUAUCUUUUAAGUUACAGUUAGAUACUAUCCUUCAACUUCUGUAUAUAACACUUUAGGAAUUCCCUUAAUUGUUAUUGGUGAUGGAGAAAACAGACCAGAGUCUUCCGCAUCAUCAAAUAUAGAUACAUGUAAUCCAAUUUUCCUGUCGGAUUUAACCCCAGAAGCUGCUGUACUUGAAUUUCAAAAACAAAAAAUUGAUGAAGAUCUUCCUAAACAACGAUUUACUGUGUGCCGUGUUGAUGGUAAAAGCGAAUUAAGGAGAGACAUAAUUAGUAUUUACAAAAAACCUGAUUUGAAGCUAUGCGCAGUUCCAAGGGUAAGGUUUGAGGAAGAGGAUGGCGUUGGCAGCGGACCUGUGAGAGAAUUCUUGGUUCUUGCCAUGGAAGUUGUGGAUGAAGGGAUUCCCUCUGGCUCAGGACGAUCCAAACCUUUGAUAUUCUUUGAAGGACAACCUGAUCACCGAUUGCCUAUUCAUGAUCAAUCACUUCGAUUAACAGGAACUUUUAAGGCGUUUGGUCGUAUAAUUGGUCACAGUAUCCUGCACGGUGGUCCUGGAAUACAUGGUUUGUCACCUGCUGUUAAACACGUUUUAACAUCUGACAGUGAGACCUACCAACCUCCUCCAAUUGUCCCUGAAGACAUAGUAGAUAUUGAUUUACGCCAGAUGAUAGUACAUCAUGUGAGUAUAAUUAAUUGUAAAACAUUGUCAUUGGGGGAGAAAAAUACUUGUUGCCUCAUUUGAGUGCAAUAACUCUCGUCUGUACAUGUAAUCACUAGCUCAUUCUCCUUUUCCCCCUCUUGUCAUUUCAGUUGAAUGUAACAUCAACCAAAGAAUCCCAAACCCUUGUCACAGCUUCGGAGAAAGAGGAAUUAUUGCAAUAUCUUUUGGAAGCUGGCAUCGAUCCAGAUACGUUUCCGACUAACCGUGAAUUGGUAAUCCAAGAACUAAUGAUGUUUCAUGUUAUUGACAAAAGAAGACUUCAAUUAAAUGAUAUUGCAAAAGGUAUAUACUGUAUAACGAUCAUACAUAACAUGUGAAACUUUAAUUUACCCUUGUUAGUAUUUUUUAUAACAGUCAUUUUGAUAUGUGAUGUAUUUUUUCUGUGUUGGUGUUAUGUACAGUACUCAGGUGAAUAUGAUGCUUGUGAACUUACUCUGAGUGUAUAUCAACACUGGGCAAGCUUUAAAAAUAUGCCUUGCCACGGUGGGAAUCGAACCUACAACGUUUGGAAUACUAGCCCAAUGCUCUGCCGAGCUACGCGGCCUCAGGAACUAGACUCGGUUCCCACCGAAAUAUCACAUAUAGCCUGCGAACAGGCUCUCAAGCUGAAUUGAGAGCCUGCAUCGAUGACUAAUGAAUUUGAAUAUCUGCCCCGUAACGUUCGUUUUUCCAAAUAUGGAAUGUCUAUCCUUAUAUGGUGUUGUUUACAACUUUCGUGCAAACUAAAUUUAGACUAUGCAAACUAAAUUUAGACCGUACAGUUUAUACUGUUUUUCGAAAUAUAAGAUAUUCAAGCAAAAGUUUAAAUGUUUUAAAUACUGUUUUCUCAAAACAGAACAUUUCGUGCUUUGAGAUAAGAUGGCCACGACCAAUUUGAUCAGUUAAUGUGUUUUUUAUGCAUAGUCAAGCAGUUGACAUAUAUAGAGCUCAGCGGAAUAAUAUAAAUUAUAGCAUCUGACCAAUGAGAAUUUCGCGUCACGAUUUGAGACGCAGAUAUUCAAAUUCAUUAGUCAUCGAUGCAGGCUCUCAAUUCAGCUUGAGAGCCUGUUCGCAGGCUAUAUCACAUACUCAAACCGACCUGACUGAAUAGCUCAGUUGGCAGAGCAUUGGGCUAGUAUUCCAAAGAUCGUAGGUUCGAUUCCCACCGUGGCCAGGCAUAUUUUUCAAACAUUGCCUGGUGUGGAUAUACACUCAGAGUAAUGUCACAAGCAUCAUGUGAUGUAUAUUUCAGAAUUAACCACUACUGGCGAAAUUAGAUGUUAAUACCAAAGUUCACUAGAAUGACAUUAUCCGUGUGAUAUUUUUUGCAUUUCUUGUCAGUAACUUGGUGAAUCAUAUUGUACAAAUUAUUUCAAUUACUACAGGAAUGGAUGAAGUUUCCCUGACCACAUUUCUCAUAAAAUGCUCUUCCUUAUCCAAGUUGGUGUUUCCUGAAGAAAAUGAAAGGAUAAUUAAAGCUAAAGAAGUGAUCAACUGUUUGCUUUUUCAAGAAAGAGAAGAAAGUGAAGCCAACCAAUUAGCAGCAGAUUUCUUUCUUCGUUAUAUAGAGGAAAUUGAAAAAAAGCAAGAAGGUACUGUAAUUAGAGGCAGACCAUUAGAAAAGGGUUUUUUAUUACUUAUGUCAAUAAUUGUCCUAUGGCUUACUUAUGUCAAUAUUUUUUUAAAAUAUAUCCCUUGCAUUAUUUUUUUAUUUCAAUUUACCCUAUUGCAAAGUAUAUGCACAAAUGUUUUUUCAAACUUUAUUGGUGUACGAUUUCUUUUCUUUGUGUUUCCCCGCACGAUUGCCCCCCCCCCCAUCACUUUUCUAAUGGUCCGCCCCUAACGUUUAUUUGACUAGCAGUCAGUCACUAAAAAAUCCAACAAUGAGAAUAACUUAGAACUGUUAUCAUAACUUGCUUGGACACAACUUUCAAAUUUUACUGUAGACGGCGCUGGUCUGGUUGAUCUGAUCCAUUUCUGGACUGCGUGCAACUGCCUCCAACACAAGGCAAGAUCUCUUUUGGUAAAGUUUGAUGGGAACAACAUUGUCUUACCUUUAUCUGAGACCUGCUUCAAGACCAUUGUACUUCCAACUAAGCAUUCAUCAUUUGAGUCCUUCAAGAAUAGCAUGGACAUGGCUUUAAAAUUCGGUGCACACGGAUUUGUCUUUAAUUAA